AUGUGGGGGAACGGUCUUCGUCCGCUCUCGGGUUUGAAGAAAGCGGCGUUCGUCGUGGAAAGCGAUGCGAAUCCCAAGCCAACACCAACUGACAAAAAUGCUGAACGCAAGCUCGUCCGCACUUUCCAGAAAACGGAAAAGAAAGCCACUGACAAAGCGAAGCCCAAUCCUAAGAAAGAAGUGAAGAAGCCGAAGCCGAAGAUUCUACGGGAGCACGCUCCGGGGAUUCGGGUUUGCGAUGAUGUACCGGUUUUUGAGUGCUGUCCGGUGAAGGGCCCGAUGGUGUCGGUGCUGGCAGACGACGUGGGCUCCUCGGCCUAUUCCGUCAUGCUCCAGUACGACGACACGCAUAACCAUCACAAGUACUAUGCCAUGCAGGCGCUCAGACUGCCCGACGCGAAAUUCGGCUGCCUUUUCUGGUGGGGACGCACAGGAUACCCAGGCAGAAAAGCGCUCGUCAAGUCGUAUGAUAAGAAGAACAUCAUCAAGACCUUCUGCACAAAGUUCCACUCAAAAAGCGGCAUUGACUGGGCUGACCGCAAUUUGGGAGCUGUCCACGGAAAAUAUCGCAUAGUUACGGCCGAUCAAUUCGGGAAAUCACAAUCCCCUGAAGAAAAAAUGGACUCGCAGGAUGAGCAGCAGCAUACGCUGAUCACCGACCGGAAGAUGUUUGCCGCUGGGAUCAAGCAAAUCGAGGAGCAUUACGAUAACUCGGAGGAGAUGCCGAUUGGGAAAUUAACCCCAGGACAGCUUGAGAAGGGGUAUGAAUGCUUGCGGAAAAUUGAGGCGGAAAUGGCAAAAGAGAAUCCCUGCAAACUUACGCUUCAAGAAGCGAGUGACUGCUUCUACGAGCACAUUCCACACAAUUUCGGGGAUCAGGGCCCACCAGUGAUCGAUAACAGCGACCUGAUCAAGGACAGGGCCCUACUUUUGAAUACGCUCGCAGAGGUCCAAAUCGCCCUCCGAAGAAUGGAAGAAGCUGAAGCUACCGAGGCAAAUGGCAUGACAAACCACAUCGAUGCUCUUUACAAGGCCGAAAAGCUGAAGUUGGAGGUGGUGCAGCCAGAUUCCGAGGAAUACAAAGUAAUCGAUCAAUACCUCAACAUGAACCACUCACCGGCACAUGAAUUUGACAUGAGUAUGGUGACACUACUGAAAGUGAAGAAUCCGAAGGAAGCGCCUUAUUAUAAGGAUUUGGGGAACAAGAUGCUACUCUGGCACGGUUCGAGACUGCCUGCUGUUUUUGGGGUUCUUGCUCAUGAGCUGCAAGUGGCACGUCCUGAGACACCAAAUGAUCAAAAGGCUUCAGGCUUCAUGUUCGGGCGGGGCCUCUAUUUUGCCGACGCAUCCUCCGAAUCCGCCGUCUAUUGCCAUAUUCCGCAUUCUGGAGAUGGUGUGUUGAUGUUGGCUGAGGUUUCCCUCGGCAACCCCCUAGAAAAAGCCGGGCCCGAUUUCAAUGCUCGAGACCUUCCUGAAGGCAAAGAUUCGGUUAUCGGCAAGGGCCGAAAAGCUCCGGAGUGUGAAGAAUUUGACGAUGAGGAUGGAUAUAAAAUCAUGUUCGACGACGUCCGUGUCCCGAUCGGACCUCUGAAAAAGGUCCCGGGAAGAAAAGGCAAGCUGCAGCUCAACGAGUAUACCGUAUAUCACCCAAAUCAGGCCCGUAUUCGCUACUUUGUUCGCGUGCACUUUGACCGGAGCACGAAA